AUGGCAAAAGAAAAAAAAAAGAAGGCUGGCGUAUCAGAGGCUGGCCAGACCGAGGCAGAUGCUGACCAGGCACUGGAUUCCAGCAGAUGCGACUCCAUCAUGACCAAGGCCACGGCCGUGAUGCUGGUGACCAAGGACGAAUGGCGCAAACGGCCCCUCACGGACCCUCACGGGCUGACACGGGUUGACUUGUGCUGCUGUGAUUGGGGCGAGCGGUUGAUCGCUUUGGUGGUUAGCUGGUGCAACAGAUUAAUGGAGAAGAGAGAGACAGAGAGCGGUGAUGAAAGAGUUGAUGGCAUCACGUUAGGCAGAGUGAUGGAGAUGGAGAGUUUGAAGCGAACCUGGAAGUAUCGGAUCCGGUCAAACCAGCCAGACUCAUUGUACCAGUAUUUCCAGCGGUGCUUGUUGGAACAUGAAGGCAAUAUUGGCGGCUACUGCCUAAGUUCCAGUGCCCAGCCUGCUAUCGACUCCAUCAAUGACCUGCCCCCCGUCCCCCAUCCCGCCGCUAAGCCCGCUGGACUCCGGCUGAUCGCCUCUCCAGCUGCCUCCCUCAGGCCCACUGCCAGCGCCAUGCGGUCAAUGCAGGCAGGCGGUGGCAACAAGAUGGGCAGGACUCGAGAUGCUCCCUCUCGCGGACAACGAAAACGAAAACGAUACGAAGCAGCCUCGUCUUUUGUCCAAGCUUCCAAGCUCCAAAAGCUCAGCCUCGCAUCCGAUCCGCCCGCCAUGGACGCCGUCCGGUCUCUCGUCCAGCCCAUCACGCACAACCUGCCGGCCCCCAUCCGGGACCUGGGCGUGUCGAUUGUGGGCGAAACCUGCUACAAGGCGCUGCUGCUCGACGUCGACGUCGAAAACACGGAAUGCAUCAAGCUGGCCAUCAGCAAGGGCCUGGGCAUCGGCAUCGUCGGCGCCUCGGCCGUCGUCAAGGUGCCGCAGAUCCUCAAGCUGCUGCGGUCCAAGUCCGCCGAGGGCGUGUCGUUCUUGUCGUACCUGCUGGAGACGAGCGCGUACCUCAUCUCGCUGGCCUACAACGUGCGCAACGGCUUCCCCUUUAGCACCUUUGGCGAGACCGCCUUCAUCAUGGGCCAGAACGUCAUCAUCGCCAUGCUCGUCCUCAACUACAGCGGCCGGCCCACCACGGCUGCCUUGUUUGUCGCCGCGCUGGCCGUCAGUGCGGCAGCGCUGUUUGCGGACAACAUUGUGGAUAUGCAGGCCUUGAGCUACCUACAAGCUGGUGCUGGUGUCCUCGGCGUUGCCAGCAAAGUUCCUCAGAUCCUCGCCAUCUGGCAAGAGGGAGGCACCGGCCAGCUCAGCGCCUUUGCGGUCUUCAACUACUUGGCCGGCUCGCUGACCCGCAUCUUCACUACCCUCCAAGAGGUCGACGACAAGCUUAUACUGUACGGCUUCAUCUCUGGCUUUGCCCUCAACGCCAUUCUCGCUCUGCAGAUGGUGUACUAUUGGAACGCCCCGUCCGCCAAGGCCAGGGGCAAGCAGAAGGAGGUGAUUUCUGUCGGAGCUCUGUCCGAAGGAAGUUCGUCGUCUGUUCCAAAGAAGGGCCCCACCACUCGGCGCCGUGGCUAG